UUCCCCUAGACCCCCUGCAAAAUUGAUGCUACCUCAAAAACAAAUAAAUUGUAAGAUGAAAAUCAAUUUCUGAGAAUGAAUGCAAAUAAGAAAAAUAUGCAUUGAAUGAAGUAUCAAACUGUUGAAGUUCUUCUCAUCCAUUGACAAGGCUGCGAUGAACCACGAUCCAAAUGAUUCAGAAGAAGAUAUUUCUCAUCGCUCCUACUGUCAUCUCAACUCUGGCAAACAAUGCCAAGGCUAAUAUCAAGUCGCUUGCAAUACCCGAUGCGAAGGAAUCGAAGAGUGGAGACAUCUCUACUCUGUGUAAACAGGGCCGAUUGAAAGAAGCGAUUGACGUUUUAAAGAGCAUGGACUUCCAGCGAGUUUCUCUAGACAUCUCAGUCUAUAUAUCUCUACUACAGUGCUGUGCUAACACAAAGGCUCUGCUAGAAGGGAAAUUAAUCCAUGCCCAUGGCAUGCAAGCAGGAUUUCUUUCUCAGGUUUAUUUAGAAAACAAACUUUUGAUUAUGUAUAUCAAAUGCGAAUGUCUGCUAGAUGCACGUAAAAUGUUUGACAAAAUGGCUGAGCGAAAUGUAGUGUCAUGGACUGUAAUUAUUUCAGCUUAUGCGAAAAAGGGGUUCGGGGAAGCGGCACUCAGUCUUUAUAGCCAGAUGAAAUCAACAGGGUGCCAACCUGAUCAGUUCACAUUAACCAGCGUUAUAUCGGCAUGUGGUUCAAUGGCAGAUCUACAACAGGGCAAGGAAUUGCAUGAAGAGAUAAGAAGAAGCGGGCUUGUGGUUAAUGUCUUUCUGGGGAGUGCUCUUAUCGACAUGUAUGUAAAGUGCAUGAGUUUACUCAAUGCACGCGACGUGUUUGACAGAAUGCCUCAACGAAACGUGGUGUCAUGGACUAGCAUGAUUGCUGGAUAUGCUCGGAAUGGAUGCGUUGAUGAAGCUCUGGUGCUUUUUGAAAAAAUGCCUAGCAGAGACUUGGUUUCGUGGAAUGUGAUGAUUGCCGAAUAUGGGCAACAUGGACGAUUAGAGAAAGCGCUGGAGCUUUUUCAGAAGAUGCCUGAAAGAGAUGCUGUUUCUUGGAAUGCUAUGCUCGCUGGGUAUACACAGAAUGGUUUUCUUGAUGAGGCUUUGGAUUUUUUCAACAAAAUGCCUCAGAGAAAUGUUGUCUCUUGGAAUACCAUGAUUGCAGCUUAUGGUAGGCAAAGCCAUGAGGUUAAGGCUUUGAAUCUCUUUAAGCAAAUGUGGUUAGGAAGGUUUCAACCUGAUCGGGUUACUUUCGUUGCUGUUCUUUCUGCAUGUGCCAAUUUGGUCAUCCUGGAAUAUGGCAAGGAGGUUCACGGAGUUAUAAUUACUAGUGGGAGUCAGUCCAAUGCACUCGUUAGGAGUUCACUUGUAGAUAUGUAUGCCAAAUGUGGUUGUGUGGAGUAUGCAGGAAAAGUGUUUGACAAAAUGCCUGUACAAAAUAUUGGAUUAUGGAAUGUCAUGAUUGCAGGUUAUGCACAUAAUGGCCAAGUUGAUGAGGCUCUGAAACUUUUUCAGCGAAUGACGGAACGAAAUGUGGAGUCAUGGAAUUCAUUAAUUGGAGGAUAUUUACAGAAUGGGUUUUUUGUUAGAACUGUGGAAAUUUAUCAGCAAAUGCAACUUACAGGAACGAAACCUGAUUUGGUUACAAUUAUAAGUGUUCUCCCAGCACUUGCCAACUUGGCAGCUCUCCAUCUAGGCAGAAAACUCCAUAAAGUUGUUUUGAGCAGUGGAUUGAUGUCUGAUGUCUUUGUGGCGAGUUCUCUUGUGGACAUGUAUUCCAAAUGUGGGAAUAUUUCUGAUGCUCGCAAGGUGUUUGAUGAAAUGUCUCCAAAAGACGUGGUCUCAUGGUCUGCUAUAAUUGUAGGAUAUGCAAUGCAUGGAAAUGGUAAGGAGGCUCUCAAACUUUUCGAACAAAUGCUACAGCUUAACUUGAAGCCAAACAGUAUUACCUUUGUUGGUUUGUUAUUGGCAUGCUGCCAUGCAGGCCUGGUGGAUGAUGGAUGGAAAUACUUCAAUUGCAUGAGUGAAGAUUACCACAUCACCCCUGGUAUAAAGCAUUAUUGCUGCAUGGUUGACCUUCUUUGCCGCAGUGGACGUUUGGAUAAGGCAUAUGACUUUAUCAACAAAAUGCCAAUAAAACCUGAUGCUGCUGUAUGGAGUUCUUUACUUGGUGGCUGCAGAAUCCACGGAGACAUAGAACUAGGUGAACAAGUAGCAGACCAUCUCUUUAAGGCAGACUCUAAAAAUCCUGCACAUUAUGUCUUGCUAUCAAAUAUCUAUGCAACGUCAGGAAGCUGGAACAAAGUAGAACAUGUUAGAAAAAUGAUGAAUGACAGAGGAGUGAAAAAAAUGCCAGGAUGUAGCUGGAUUGAAAUCAAUGACAAAGUGCAUGCAUUUGUUGUAGGAGACUGAUCACACCCAAAGUUGCAGGAAAUUCGUACAAGAUUGGAAGCCUUAUCCUAGCAGAGAGACGAAAGCAAUAUAUCUGAGAUCAACAUGGAGUGGCUUGAUGUGGCAGAGAACCAAAAGAAAUCUGGAAGACUACCUUGCAUAUGACAAUGUGGAACUGGCCACUUCUUUUGGACCUUUGAACAUACCCUCUCUGAUGCCUACUAGGAUUACCAGCAGCUUUGUGCAUGGGGAAACUACCACUCUGCUACGAAGUUCAUCUCUGAGACUGUUUCGAGUGAAAUUCUUGUGAGGGAGGCCAUCCGAUUCUCUCGGUUUUUGGAAAUGGACAUGAAGAUAAAACCUAUGUAUAGUAACAGCGAGAAUAAUAAAUGUUGUCGUUCUACAACACUUAUACCAGGUUCAUCUGGAAGAGCAAUGUUGAUCAAUUUGUUCCUAGGGAUACAAGUUAAUUCCAUCAUAUUUUAAAUGGUACCGUUGUUGAUGCACAAUAAGUAAAAAAUUGAACAAGAGAAUCUUUAAUGAAAAUGAUGCCGGUAAGUAUCAUCGGUCCGAAAUGGAUUAGUCAAGUUGGUUAAGAGGACUGACAACCUCACUAAGUCACUUUGUUGAGAGCUACUAAGCGACUGGACAUAAAAGAAAUCCAUUUUUAUAAGGAAAACGAUCAAACAGCGAGUUGAAAGGGACACGGCAGCAGGAAAUAAGUACAGAGGUCACUUGGGUGAUCCAGACACGCAUGGAACUUCUCAUCAUUAAAAAAGCAGGCAUCUAGGACGGGGUUGAUUAGAGUCGAACCCAUCAUUGUUGAAACAGGGCAUAGAUGAUGUGCUCGAUCGCACUUGAACUCAUUGCAUAUAAGCCAAAACAGCAUGGUUGUGGCCUCGAGAGUUUUGCAAUUCAUAUCUCGUCUCUUGUGGUUUCCAAGGUGGUCUUGAGCAUGUUGUAACCGGGAAGGAUAGGAAGUAAUGGCAUUGCUGUUUUGGUGUUUGGACAUAAAAAUCACUGUGUAAGAUGUCCAUGAAGGUCUCUAGAAAAUAAUAAACGUCUGUAACCAACAAGAAGAUGGCGGUAAGAGAAGGAAAUCCUCACUCUUCUGGGGUUUCACCCACAUUGGGUUUUUCCAGGUUCAAUUCUUGUGUUCUCACCUUUUUCAUGCUUCCUUGAGCUCUCUUAAUGCUGUUUCAAUCUUCCUUAUUGUUGUUUGCACUAAAGAUCUUUUUUUUUUAUCAAGUUUACUUCAAGAAUCAGAAAGUAGAUUAGUCAAGAAUUGAUUGGGAUAUUUGAGGUUCGUGUUUGAUAGAGCAAAGACUGAAAUAUCCACCCUGUUCACAGAUCAAUUAUAAGGGAUCUUUAAUAAUUCACCAGGUUGAUCUUCAAGAUUGUUGCAUUGAAGUUACAGAUUAUUAUCAUCAUUUCAAGAAUAUGCAAUCUAAAAAGAUUUUCAGGGUGAGAAUAAGCAGCAAUCGACAAAUACUUGCACAGUUGCACCAAUAUAAGCUUUAUCCACAUCAUCUGUCUUCAUUAAAAACCAAAUAUUUCUUGUAAAUUACUAUGCUUAAAAGUCGGGUACGCGUUUCAUGAUGGAUACCUAGUACAAAACGAGGAAGAUCUUCUAAACAAGAAGCUGGAUGCUCUCUUCGCACUUCAUCAUUCGCAAGAUCUUUUAAACAACAGGUUGAAUACAUCCCUAGACCCUCAUGAUUCCACCGUCUUACAAUUCCAGCUAAUAAUAAAUAUAAGUCAUCAUGAAUAAAGUAGAAAACGCCACAUAUAUCUCAUUGAAAUUAUAGACUAUGUGAGUGUAUAUGUUUAAAACUCGAUGGACUAGGUCGUGCCAUAGAGAUUGGUUUAAGAUGACAAAAGGCUGUUGAUUGCUGAGCAGUGAAGGGUUUGGUGAUCGGAGGUGAUGAAUAAAUGACGGAUGCUAGGUAAGAUCCAAUGUAUGUGCUACUGUUUAGUGGCACAAUUAUGCAUUUAUGGUAUGUGUGCAAAAUGGUCUAGAAUUGUAAAAGUCCCUUACAUUUUACCUCACUUUGGUGUGUGUAUGAAUGCGUAUAUGAAUAUUGAAUUUUGGAAUUACAUUCUGUUCUCAUCAUUACCUACAAAAACGCACUGUCUUUGAACUUU